AUGUCUGUCAGCCACCGUCGGAGAGAGCUCAUGCUCUUCACCGACAGCUACUUUGCCAGCCCUAACCUGAAACCUGAAACCAGAAACCAGAAAGAGGUGCCUUACUUACCCCGAGAGGAGCCCGUUGGGGUCUUUCAUCCGCCGCUGCCGGAUCUCGCUGGGGGCCUCCAGAUUUGUCAAGAAGAGGGCACAACUGAUUACUAUGCGCGGAAACGCAUAGUGAUCCAGAACAAAAAUAAGUACAACACACCCAAAUAUAGGAUGAUAGUUUGUGUAACUAACAGAGAUAUCAUUUGCCAGAUUGCUUAUGCCCGUAGAGAAGGGGAUAUGAUAGUCUGCGCAGAAUAUGCACAUGAACCACCAAACUAUGGUGUGAAAGUUGGCCUCACAAAUUAUGCUGCAGCAUAUUGUACUGGCCUGCUGCUGGCCUAUAGGCUUCUCAAUAGAUUUGGUAUGGACAAGAUUUAUGAAGGCCAAGUGGAAGUGACUGGAGAUAAAUACAGUGUGGAAAGCAUUGAUAGUCAACCUAGUGCCUUCACCUGCUAUUUGGAUGCAGGCCUUGAUAGAAUUACAACUGGAAAUAAAGUUUUUGGGGCCCUGAAGGGAGCUGUGGAUGGAGGCUUGUCUGUCCCCCAUAGUACCAAACGAUUCCCUGAUUAUGAUUCUGAAAGCAAGAAGUUUAAUGCAGAAGUACAUCAGAAGCUAAUUAGCAUAGCCAUCACCUUAUGCCAUUUAUAAUUCUUUGAUUCUUUCUUUGAUGAGACAGUUGAGAUCUACUCUCCUAGUAAAUAGUAGGUAAACACUACAGUGUUGUUAUUAUA